CCAUCACUCAUCAUGCCGCCUCGCUCCACCCGUCGUUCAGCAGCAGCAGCCGACGCUGCCGCAGCACCGACUGCUGCCGAGCCAGAAGCGGCUGCCGCAUCUUCCUCCAGGCCGGCCAAGCGGGCGCGUGUGUCGCGCUCCAAGGCCGAGGCUGUCGAGCCUGCUACGGUCGCCGAGGAGCCAGUCGAGGCUCCUGCUCCACCAGCAGGGGCAGACGCACCGCCUGCUGGGGACUGGCGGGGGCUAUCAGGUGAGGAAGCCAAGGAAGAGCCGCCAGCUCCUGCGUCCGACGUGCCACCUCCUCCCGCCUCGCCGCCGCCUCCGCCAGCAGACGAGCUGCCACCGCCGCCUCUCGACGAUGUCCCACCUCCUCCCGCCUCGCCUCCACCUGCGCCUCUCGACGACAUCCCACCUCCACCCGCCUCUCCACCACCGCCGGCAGCGUCCGCUGCGCCGCCGCCGCCGCCGCGCGAGGCAGAGGUCGACGAGGCAGCCAUCGAGGGCGCAGAGUACUGGCAGCGCCUGGCGCAAGAGGAGCAGGCGGCAAAAGCGGCGGGCAAGCGCAGCAGCAGUGACGUGUAUCUCGACACGAUCAACCGGCCACUGCUCGACUUUGACUUUGAGAAGCUCUGUUCCGUCUCGCUGGCCAACCAAAACAUCUACGCCUGUCUCGUGUGCGGCCGCUACUUCCAGGGGCGCGGGCGCUCGUCGCAUGCCUACUUCCACGCCGUGGAUGUGGGACAUCGCGUAUUUCUGAACCUGGGCAGCGCAAAGGUGUAUAUCCUUCCCGACUCGUACGAAGUGCACUCUGCCGCGCUCUCCGACAUUCUCUACCUCCUGCAUCCCACCUACACGCGCGCCUCGAUUGCGCGUCUCGAUGCCCCCGACGCGCGGCCUUCGCUGGCCUUGGGCGCCACGCCCUACUUGCCCGGCUUUGUCGGGCUCAACAACAUCGUCGGGCAUAGCGACUACAUGAAUGUCGUCAUCCAGGCGCUGGCGCACGUCAAGCCACUGCGCGACUAUCUGCUCUUGGGAGGCUUUGAGGAUGCGGCGCCGCUCGAAACGACAGACACGGCGGGCCUGCGCCAACUGGCGCACGCCAGCGAGCUGGUGAAGCGCCUGGCGCUGCUGGUGCGCAAGCUCUGGAAUCCGCGCGCCUUCAAGGCCCAAGUGUCGCCGCACGAGUUUGCGCAGGAAGUGACAAACGUCUCGGGCGGCAGGUUUCGCAUUACUCAACAGGCCGAUCCCGUCGAGUUUCUCGGAUGGCUGCUCAAUCGCCUGCACAUGGAUCUGGGCGGCAGUCGCAAGAAGUCCAGAGAGAUCCAAACUUCGCACUCUCCCUUUUUCCUUCUCGCCCUCGACCUUCCCGCGCCGCCCGUCUUCCAGUCGGUCAUCGAGAAGAACAUCAUCCCACAGGUGCCCAUUGCCCACGUGCUGGCCAAGUACGACGGCGUCUCGUUCCAGGAGGCACGCGGCCUCAUUCGGCGCUACAAGGCCACACGCCUGCCGCCGUACGUGGUGCUGCACUUUCGCCGCUUUACAAAGAAUGCGUUUGUCGAGGAGCGCAAUCCGACCAUUGUCAACUUUCCCAUUACGGGCCUCAACAUGCGCGACUACGUGGACGACGAAUCGCUGGCUCCGCUGGGCGCCAUGUACGAUCUCGUCGCCAACAUCACGCACGAAGCGACGGCGGGCACGGUGCGUGAGGCCUCGGUCUUCCGCGCCCAGGUGCACACGCGCACCGACGGCCCGCCGCUCGGCUCGCCGGCGGAGCGCGCGCGCGCAAAGCGGGAGGCAGAGGAGAGGGGAGAGCGAAAGGAGGAGGAUCAGCAGGAGGAGAAGUGGUUCAUGAUGCAGGAUCUCAUCGUCGAGGAUGUGAAUCGCCAGAUGCUCUUCUUGGGAGAGACGUACAUCCAGAUCUGGGAGAGGCGAGGCGCGCCGGCGGAGGUGGAGCGCCUGGCUCGCAGCAGCAGGCAAGGCAGCUCGAGCAAGGAGGCCAAGGCAGCGCAGUAAGGCCGGCGCGGGCAAGGCAUGAGAGGGGAGGGGUGGGGGUGAGCAAUGAUGCAUGGCGCGUAUGCCCUUUGGAAGCCG